ACUAUAUAAAAAAUUAUAUGCCAAUUGGUAGUUGGGCUUUAAGCAGAAGCAAGACUUCAAAAUCGAUUUGUUCAACAAUUUUCAGCAAAAGCCCAUUUCCACGAAGAAGAAGAAGAGAGAGAGAGAGAGAGAGAGAGAGAGAGAGAGAGAGAGAGAGAGUAGAUAGAUAAGAAAUAUAUGCUUACAUUCCAAUUUAAGAUUUUCCUUGCGACCCACUCUUUGGUUCACUAUAAAUAAGCACAUAGAAGAAUUUAAUGAAAGCUAACAAUAACAAUUUGGCAAAUCCAAGAAAAUUAUUACCACCAUGGAAGCUAAACAAAAUCAAGAAGUAGUAGUAAUAAUGGUACCUUUUCCACUUCAAAGCCACCUCAAUCAGCUUCUCCAACUCUCCUCCCAAAUAUCCUCCUACAACAUCCCUGUCCACUACCUCUCCUCCGACAUCCACCGCCGCCAAGCCACAUCACGCGCUGCCGCCACCGCCUACACCCGAAUCCACUUCCACAACAUCCCACUCCCGCCUUUCGUCUGUCCGCCACCAAAUCCCAACUCGCCCAACAAAUUCCCCGUACACCUCCAGCCGGCGCUUCUAGCCUCGCUCGAGCUACGUGAACCCGUGGCCGCCUACCUCCGCCGCAUGGCCGGAGAAUUCAAGAGAGUUGUGGUGGUCCACGACACCAUGAUGGCUUAUGUUGUCGAGGAUGUUUCUUCGAUUCCGAACGCGGAAUCGUACUCGUACAACGCAAUCUCCGCGUUGGCUAUGGCGUGUUUCAUCAGACCUCUCCCCGAACAGCUUUCGUCCAUGGGGUUACCCGUUUUGGAAGACGAAUUGCCGGAGGAGAUCAGUUACAUCACUUGUCUACAGUUCAAGCAUUUGAGCUGCAGAGAUGGAGAUUUGUACAAUACUUCCAGAUUGAUUGAAGCCCCUUAUUUGGACAUACUCGAAAAUGUACAAGAAGCUAAAAUUAGAAAGAGUUGGGCAAUUGGCCCAAUUCUCCCUCCUCAAAUUUCAUCUUCAGAAACUCACCAAUUUCACAAGUGCUUAGAAUGGCUAGACAAACAGGAGGGUAAAUCCGUCAUUUACGUAGCGUUCGGCAGCACGACCACUCUAUCCGACGAAGAGGUAACGGAGCUAGCUUUCGGAUUGGAGCGAAGCAGGGUGAAAUUCCUUUGGGUGCUGAGGGACGCCGAUAGAGGCGACGUGUUCGACGGAGAUGUACGGCGGGCGGAUCUGCCGGAGGGGUUCGAAGAGAGGGUUGAAGGAGUGGGGAUGGUGGUUAGGGAUUGGGCGCCGCAGCUGCAAAUACUGGCGCAUCGGUCGGUCGGUGGUUUCAUGAGCCACUGCGGCUGGAAUUCGUGCGUGGAGAGCAUUUCUAUGGGAGUUCCCAUGGCGGCGUGGGCAAUGCACUCGGAGCAGCCGGUGAAUUCUGUACUCGUGACGGAGGUGCUGAAAUUAGGGAUUGCUGUUAGGGAAUGGAAAAAUAAGAUGGAAUUGGUGAAGGCUUCGGUUAUUGAAGAUGUUGUGAGGAGGUUAAUGGCGUCUGAAGAGGGGGAUGAAAUGCGGAGGAGGGCGGCGGAGGUGGGGGCUGAGCUCCGGCGGACGACUGAGGCCGGCGGCGCUUCUCGAUUGGAGUUGGAUUCGUUUGUCGCACAUAUCACGAGAUAGAAUGUUGGUUGGGCCCACAAAUAGGCUGAGGCUGUGGCCCACUUAGCUGCCAUAAUCGGGUCGGGUCUACCUCAGUCCAUAAGAGUUCCGUUUUCUUUUCUUUUUUUUGUGAUUUUUUUCCAAAAUCUUGCGAAUAAAAAAAACAUUUUAAAUUAAAUUUA